AUGUCGUUUCUGUUGCUGUUGUUACUGCUGCUUCUUCAAGCACGUUGCAUUGCUCACCUUGCUAUGUGCCACAUGAAUAGCCCCUUUCAGAUCCCACAUGAGUAUUAUCAGAAAGGUGACUUUAUCAUUGGUGGAAUUACUUCUCUGCUUUCAAACUACUUUCGUCUUGUAGACUUCAAACAACAUCUUGAUCCAUGGUUUUAUCAGCAACCUGUCGACAGACCAGAGAAAAAUUUGUAUGUCCUCUCCUUGGUAUAUGCUGUAAAAGAGAUCAAUAAGAACCCCGAUAUCUUAGCAAAUAUCACUCUGGGAUUCCACAUCUAUCAUAGCUACUAUGAUGAAAGGUUGACUUAUAAGAGCAUCUUCAGCUUCACUGCUGUGCAGGAUUUGUCCAUCCCAAAUUACAACUGUGAGACCCAGAAGAACCUGGCAGCAGUAGUUGGAGGACUAGACUCAGAAACAUCAUUUUCAAUGACUAACAUCUUACCCAUUUAUAAGAUUCCACAGCUUCACUAUUUCCUGAGGGGCAUCUCAUUUAACAACAGUGCUGGAGAGGAAGUGACUUUCGAUCAGCGCAGUGAACUAAAAAGUGGAUUUGACAUUACAAAUUGGGUUACCUUUCUGAACAACUCCUUCUUAAGAGUGAAAGUAGGGCAGAUGGAUCCACAGGCUUCACCUGGCAGUCAACUCACCAUUAAUGAAGAAAUCAUCACCUGGCAUAGCACAUUUAGUCAGGUGCCACCUUCUUCGUUGUGCAAUGAAAACUGCCCUGAUGGUUACAGCAGGAAAAUGCAAGAGGGGAAGCCAUUUUGUUGCUAUGAUUGCUCUCUUUGUCCCGAAGGAAGGAUUUCAGACCAGAAGGAUAUGGACAAUUGCUUCCCAUGCCCAGAAGAUCAGUAUGCAAACCAAGACCGAGACCAAUGUCUUCCCAAAGUUUUGAACUUCCUUUCUUAUGAUGAAAAUCUGGGAAUCACCUUAGCUAUCCUGGCUGGUUCCCUUGCUCUGAUCACAGCUGUGGUUCUUGGCAUUUUUAUUCAGCAUCAAAGCACCCCCAUUGUCAAAGCCAACAAUCGGGAUCUCACAUACAUGCUCCUCAUUUCAUUAAUUCUUUGCUUCCUCUCCUCUUUGUUAUACAUCGGCCGCCCUGGAACAGUGACCUGCCCUCUCCGACAAAUAGCCUUUGGCAUCAUCUUCUCAGUGGCUGUUUCUUGUGUCUUGGCAAAAACCAUCAAUGUGAUUCUGGCCUUCAUGGCCACCAAGCCAGGAUCCAGAAUGAGACUUUGGAUAGGCAAAAGAUUGACAAACUUAGUUGUUCUUUUUGGCUCCAUUAUUCAAGUUGUUAUUUGUACCAUUUGGCUAGGUGUUGCUCCUCCAUUUCCAGAUGUUGACAUGCAGUCUUUGGCUGAAGAAAUUGUUGUAGAGUGUAACAAAGGAUCAGUUGCCAUGUUUUAUUUGGAUCUGGGAUAUACAGCAUUGAUGGCAAUGGUCAGCUUCAUUGUGGCUUUCUUUGCCAGGAAGUUGCCUGACACCUUUAACGAAGCCAAGUUCAUCACUUUCAGCAUGUUGGUGUUUUGCAGUGUUUGGAUAUCAUUUAUUCCAACUUACCUGAGUUGCAAAGGGAGAUAUAUGGUGGCUGUGGAGAUCUUUUCCAUGUUGGCUUCCAGCACUGGCUUACUUGGAUGUAUUUUUGCUCCCAAAUGUUAUAUAAUUGUCCUGCAACCUCAUCUAAAUAGCCAAGGGCAGCUGAUACGGAAAAGUAAGAGUUGA